GCCCUCCCCGUCCCGCAGACGCAAGCGGGGCGGUGGCCCCGGUUAAAGGGGAAACUUGACAGCGCCGCCGCCCGCUCCCGCCGCCCGCUCCGCUCCCGCCGCCCGGCGCCCCUCGGCUCCGCCGCGACUUCUGCCCUCCACCACCGCCAAGAUGCUGCUUUUGCUGCUGGGGAUCAUCGUGCUCCACGUCACCGUGCUGGUGCUCCUCUUCGUCUCCACCAUCGUUAGCCAAUGGCUGGUGAACGGCGGGCACACGGCGGACCUCUGGCAGAACUGCACCUCCGGUAGCGUCUUCCACUGCCUGACAUCAUCCACGAAUGAAUGGCUGCAGUCUGUCCAAGCGAUGAUGAUCCUUUCCAUCAUCUUCAGCGUCUUGUCCCUGUUCCUGUUCUUUUGCCAGCUGUUCACGCUCACCAAGGGCGGGCGGUUUUAUGUUACUGGAAUCUUCCAAAUCCUUGCCGGGCUCUGCGUGAUGAGUGCCGCGGCCAUCUUCACAGUGAGGCACACGGACUGGCACCAAGCCUCAGAAGACACCUCCUACGGCUUCGCCUAUAUCCUGGCAUGGCUGGCGUUCCCCCUGGCCCUCGCCAGUGGCAUCGUCUAUGUCAUCCUACGGAAGCGCGAGUGAUGCCGCGGGAGGCGGCGUGGCGUGACAAGGGCACUCAUGACGUCCACGGAGGAGACGGAGGCGGGGGAAAAUAGACGAGAAAACGGAAAAGAAAAUUAACCAAAAAAAAAAAAAAGAAAAAAAAGGAAUAAACCCUCCCAGCAAAACCAAAACCAAACCCAACCGACCCCAAAAGGAAACACUCAAAGGGUUACUUGUUAAUUGAAGAUGUAUAUAGUAUCUAUGGUUUAAAAAACCUAUUUAUAACACUUUUUACAUAUAUGUACAUAGUAUUGUUUGCUUUUGUUGACCAUACGCUAUGUUUUAAAGCCUAAAGCAAGUGCCUAAGGAACUAUUACUCCUAACAGUGUAACAAGAGCGCGGUGAUUUUUCUCUCAUGCAAAAUCCUCUUUGAGCUGAACUCUCCUUCCCCAUCCCAGCCUGUAUCGAACCUUCAGAAAACCCCAGCUCUGACUGGUUUUAGGCUGGCGUAAAUUGGAGUUGUGUCUGUUUAUGCCAGCUGGAGGGUUGGUCCCCGCUCCUGCCAUGUGCUGUGAUCCUGGUAACCAAAGUGCACGUCCAGAUCUGACGGGAGAUGCUUCCGAAAGGUUUGAAGGAUUUCGGAGCAAAGGCUUUGAUUGCCCCAAGUGCCUAAAUGACUUAUGUGCCUAAGUCCCAUUGCCUUGCCACCACACCCGCUGGGAAUUUGGGCUUUUAAAUCACUUAGGUUGACUUGCAAUCCAGCAAGGGCUGUCCUCCUUCGCCCGGGCGGGCUCUGGGGGUGCCCCCUGUGCCAGCAGGGCUGGGGUGCGUGCCGUGCCGUGCCGAGCAGCCGGGGCACUGAUGCUCCCAACCGUGAAACGUGCUUUUUCCUUGCCGUGGAGCUAAACUACCGAUGAGAAAGAAGCAAACCCAGUAUAUCUAUGAAAUCAAAUACCAGAUAUAUGAAAUGGUGCUAUCUAUUUACCAUUCCUUAUAUUGCUAGCCAUUUAACCUUAUUCACUGGAAAUUCAGUUAACAAUCGUGAGGUAAACAACAAAGCUAGAAAUGAGAAAUAAUUCUGUGUAAUAUAAAUGAGCUAUAACUGCUUUUGUACUUAGACUUGCUCUUACUAUUAUUUUUAAUAAAGCAUUUAUAACUGAGGUUCCUUUUUUCCCCCCGUGGUCAAGAGGAACAGAAACAGCUCUGGGUGGAGCCCUGUCGGUCUUUGCUGCCAGAGCGAGAUGUCUGUCCUCUGUCUGUGCGUCAGCGAUGUGUCUGGCCAUGAAUUGAAUGGGCACCUGUGCAGACCCCAGGCUGCCUUCUGAGGACUCCAGACACUGUGUUGCUGUUGUCGUUUUUGUUUCGUUUUGGGGUUUUUUUUGGUUCUUUUUUUUUUUUUUGCUUUGCUUUUCUGAUUUUAUACCGACUGUGUGGACUAAGAAGCAAUGAAAUAAAAGUCAGAAUAACUCA